UACCCGUGUGCCUCCCAUCUGCUCCUUGGAUCCUGUCUCUGUAGCUUAGAAACAAGGGAUCUUGUACAGCUGUCUUUGUGUUCCUGCAAAUGCAUCUGCCUUUAAGAGGAUCCAGGCUGUAAACUUCAGAUUUGCUUUAAAAAAUUUUAAGCUAGGUUUUUCCUCUUGACCUUGAAUUUCCUGAUUGAUUUACUAUAGGGUUCUUUGAAAGGACAAAUUCCCCAGUGUGUUUAAACCUUAGCAUUUCUUGGGAAAUUGCUUAAUGCGACCAUGUUGAGUUAAUUGUUCACUGUGUUCAAAGUACUGAUUGUGGGAAAUAAAAGAGUAAGACAAGAAAGACCCUGAGUUCUCAAGGAGCCUUGUCUAGCUGGGAAGCUGAGGCUCAGGCCAUGAAAUAGGAAGAUUUGCCUGGUGACUAGGCUGUCACUGAUGUUCUUGAUUACCUGAUGUGAUGGGACCAAGCCAGCCAGCUUCUCCCUGUGUUCAUCUGGCAUCCAGUAUCCAACGAGAUGGGAUGAGUGACCCCAGAAAUCUUCAGACCCAGCUGCAGUUUAAUAGGAAUGUGCCUACACAUCCCAGCAAUUUGGCAGUUCGAUACUCUUGCCCACAUGCGAUUAAAAUUGAAAAACUAAAACACCCAUACAAUGAAUUGUAUCAUUGUAAAGACUUGGAUUUUAAAGCUGGAAAUGACUUGAGCAGUUCUGUCUCAUUUUCUGUCAUAUCGGAAGAAAGGCUUAGCUAUGCUGUCCACCUUGCCAAAAGAGAUGUAAAACGAAGACAGUUUGAAGAACACAUGAAAGAUCAUCUCAGAAGUCAGCCCCAUAGCUCUCACAAAUGUGUACACACUAAAGUGGAAAGGAAGGACUCAAAGAGUCAGGGUGUCUGUCAUUGCAGCCACCAGCCGUCCAAAGUAAGCAUUUCCAGUUCAGGCGCCAAGGUGUAUGUGUACGCACCGCAUCCAGGACAGUCAGAUCUUACUGUGCCAAAUUCACCACCUACCCACGAUCCAGGACUUCAGCCACAACCCAGGAUAGAGGAGCACAAAAACCUGUGGGAACAGAAAGGCCUGCUAGAAGUUCAGCGACUCCGAAAGGAGCUGAGCAGUUGUCUCCAUAAAAUAGAAGCCGUAACUAAAAAAGAUAGACUUGAAGAAGCUUUGGACCCAGACGAAGAGCGUCGAAUCCGAGUCAGGAGGCAGGAGCAGGCCGUGCGCUGUGCCCGCAUGCUCUAUACUCUUCAGCAGCAGGUAAAAGAGAUCCAGGAAGAAUUGGAUAAAUUAAGUCCACAAAAAAUUAAACACACUAAGAAGUCACGGGCAAUGUCUAGGCUGGCAGCCGCUCAUCGAGGAGCCAUCCGGGCCUUACAAGUGUUUGUCACUCAGUUUACUGACCGAGGGGAGCACCCAGUUCCUGCUCGGUGUAGGGAACUGGGCAGCCUUAUUCGUCAGCUUUCACUGUGCUCUGUCAAGCUGGAUUCUGACCCUUCCAUGCCAGAUGUGGUCAUAGACAUCUUGCAGCAAAUCGAGGCCUUGGAGUCUCUCCUGGAAAAGAAACUGUCACCUAAAAAGGUAAAGAAAUGUUUCACAGAAAUUCGGAGCAGAUUUCCUAAUGGCAGCCAAAGGAUCCUGGAGAGGUGGCCAGCUGUACUGUCCAAGAGUGAGAGGAGACCCUUGGUCACAAAGGAGACAUUUCCACAGGAAACCAGCCGACCCUCUGUGGCAAAGUGGCUUCUUGCUGAUGGGUGGCAGCCUGAUGCGGAGCUUCCAGUGACUCAGAGGCUGGAGAGUGAACUUGACGUGUUAGACGCAGAGCUCCUUCCAGAAGAAGACCCCUGUGUAUUGGGCCAUGAUACAGACUUCAAAGAUGAAGCAUUAACCUCAGGAAAAACACAAGCAGUAAGAAAAAAGACCAUGACAGAGCACGUGCCAGUUAGGAAGAGAGAUGCUUUGGAUUCAGCCAGACUACAGCAGGGACUCCACAUAUCUGAAAAACAUCAACCAAACCAAUCUUACAGCAAAAGCAGGUUGCAGCAGACAACAGUGUCAUCCAGAUUAAAAAUAAACAGACAGCCUGUGAAAGACCUCAGAGCUCCUUGGAUACCUCCAAAUCCCACGUCCCCCCCAGCUUCUCCUAAAUGUGCCGCGUGGCUGAGGGCGAAGCCCAGCGCCAGAGAGGCUGCACAGGAGCAGCCCCUUCAGCAGGAGGGUGCCCACCAGGGAAGUCAGUUGGGUGCUGCUGCCAAGCAAGAAACAGCCAGGCUUUCUUGGCCAGAUGCUGAGUCUUCCAAAAGAUUGAAGGAACUAGAGGAAUUGGAAGCCAAAGAAAUGGAAAGAACACAAAAGCAGAGGCUCGAAUGGCUUGAGGCCGAGACUUCUAGAAGAACCAAAGAGUUGGAUGAGCUGAAAACUGAAGAAAUGGAUAGACUCCAAAAAUUAAGUGUCUCUGCCACCGAGUUAGCUGACAAGGUAGAGGAGGCAGUUCUGGAGCGGUUGAAGCCUCUCUUGGUCAAGGCCCAGAGAGUUAAUUCUUCUGUGGAGGUAAAUAGUCAUUUGAAGGAUCGUCCGUCACAGAACGCGGCGGCGGCGGCGGCGGCAGCCCAGCCUGCUGAGCAGGCUUCAGGCGUCAAUUCUGAAUCCAAGAAUAUUCGUCAGCUGCAUGACUGUUUGGAAAAUACUGCUCAUGAGCUCUGGGCUGUGACUCAUGACAAGAUAUCGGGGUCAGAAAUUUCAGCCACACUGGGAACCAGCAAGGACAGCCCAGAUCUAGGGACCAUAAUGCUCCGGAUGGAGGAAAUGGAAAAAUACCAGGAGACAGUUCGCCAAAGAUAUAAUAAAAUUGUAUACGCUGACCCUCACUUAUGGAUGCACGAAGGAAGAAAUGACCAGACUACACCAGCAGUAAGUGAAAGACCUUUGGCUCCCCAUCCAAUCAAGGUCACCAAGACAGCAACUCCCAAGGACCCAGCCGUGAACAUCUUAUUAGAAAGGCCCUGCAAUGCCAACUCACUGGAAGAAAGUAUGGGAACACAGGAGGGACCAGAGAAGAGGGAGGCCCCCUUUCCCUCCACCGGAGAAGAUCUCCAUCAGAAAGAAGGCCGAACUCCGCUCUGUGUCCCAGCAGGGAUGCGGCACAGCAUUGGUGACUACUGCAGCCGGUUUGAGCAGUUCCUACGGAUCAUGUCUCAUGAGGCCAUAGGCUCCUUUAACCCAUGGCUAAUAGCUGAAAGCUUUUCAGAUGAGCUGGUAGAUGAAGCGCUGGGGGCCGUGGCCGCGGAGCUGCAGGAUGUGUGUGAAGACUAUGCAGAAGCUGUGUUCACCUCAGAGUUCCUAGAGGCUGCGGAUUGA